AUGCUAGAGAUCUGGAACGUCGUGCUGAUGGAGUACAAUCAAACACACACACAAGGAGAAGGCACCCACGCCACUCCCAUAGAUGGCAGCUCAGAUACUCGUUCGGCAGUUAAUGCAGAUGGAAAACACGGGAUGCAGAAACUAGCGUACACGUGCGUGGACACCGGAAUGGGUCUAGAGCGGUUGGCCUCAGUGUUACAGUACACAGACAAUAACUACAACAUAGACACCUUUCUGACUAUUGUGAAUGCUGUAAAACGCCUACCCCAUCAUGAAUCAGAGGCACGGGUACACCCACACCCACAGGAACGCGGACUAGAGCCCACUCAUACCCCACAGGGAUCACAUACCUACACACACACCCCAGAAGACUCACACACACACAGACACACCCCCGUACACACAUCAGAACACGCACACACAUUGGAGCGUUCAUUUGAAGAGGCGGCGAUAGCACGGGAUCUACAGAAUGCCACUGAGGCACCGUACCGUAUCAUUGCAGAUCACUUGCGCGCAUCCGCGAUUCUGAUUGGCGAUGGGGUUUUACCGUCCAAUCAGAAUAGAGGAUAUGUGCUCCGGCGGAUUAUCAGGCGCGCGUGUUUGGCCGCAACACAGGUCGGAGUACAGUCACCGUUUAUGGAGCG